CUUCAAAGUAUAUGGAUACCUUUUCUUACACAAAUAUUUAAAAGUUAAAAAGAUCAUUGAGAAAAGUGCAUUAUUGUGGAUUAUUUGUAAAUAAAUUAAUAAGGAGAUGAAAUGUAUUAAGUGUACAGUUGGAAAUAGUUUAUUGCUUGAUAAAAUAUUAAAGAAAUUCUAGGAGAGUGAUUUAAGAAUCCAUGAUUUUAAGAAAAUAACAAAUACAAUGACAAUGUGUCGUGAGAUGAUGGAAUUUCAUAAGUCUGAAUUCUAAGUAUUGGUAUACAAUUAAAGUGAAUGAAUGUGUAGGUUUCCCGUAAAUUGGUGAUCAAAAGAAAAUUCAGAAGAAGAAAUACAUAUGUAUGCAUGCAUGUACAAAAAAAUAUACUGCUUCAAAUAUUUGAAUGAUCCAUCCUCAUUAUGGUUCUUGAUUCAAUCUUUUUCAUACAACAUAAAUUUUUUGAUGAAUUGAAUUUUUUUAAAAACUUGAGAAUCAAUAAGAAUACGAUUGGAAAAAUAAAUCUGCUAUUCAAUGCAAUAAAGUUGCAUCAAAACAUAAUCGAGAGAGAUUGAGAGACUCACAUAAAUUAUUCACAAAAAUUAAAAGACUUAACGAAAUGCCAAUUUUUAAGAAAAAUCUAUGGUCCAUAAUGAAUUCACAGCGAAAUUUAACUUUUAUAUUACUUCUACUACACUUGAUGAGUAACAUACACGCUUAUAAAUAUGAUGCUGAGACAAAUUUAGGGACUUCCAUAGUUAAUAAUCCAGAAUCAACAGAUGCACCCACAGGAGAUGAAGUGCAACUUCAAUGUGAAUUAAAUUUACCACCUGAGAAAGUUGAAUUUCUGUUUCGACCUCAAAAUAGUACGCCCAACGAGCGAGACAUUUUAAUAGAUAUUCAUAAAAUGAUGUCAUACAACAUAACAACAAGAGAAAGGCUCUCGAAAUUGCAUGUUUAUGUGAAUCAGAAAACGGUCGGUGAUUAUCGUUGUGUGGCAUGGUUCGGUGCUUCUGCUCAUGCAUCAACUUCUGCACGCUUAAGAAUUGCAUCAAUUUAUUUGGAUGAUAAAGACACACAUAAGCCACCUAUUCAUCUGAAAAUUGCUCCGAAAAAUAGUAUAAUUCUACGUUGUGGAAAUGUUACGUCAGUUCCUGAUCCAGUUUGGAGUUUUUACAAAGAUGACGUUUUACUUCCAACAUACAAUCAAGUGCAAAGUAAAUAUGGGGGUUAUAUAUUAAAAAAUGUAUCUGCAAAUGACUCUGGAGUAUAUAGUUGCUCUGCAAUGAACACAGUAGCAGGAAUAGAAAUUAAAAUGCCCCAACGUUAUGUUCUUCAUGUGACGCCAACAUCACGUAGUCCUCCCACAUUUUCAAUGGAACCGAUAAUGAGUUUUUCAGCAAAACUUGGAGAAAAUGUAUUACUUGAGUGUUCCGGAGUAUCUAAUCCAAUUUUUAAAACAACAUGGAGUAGGCCGCAUGCAUACUUAAAUCUAAAUGACCCAAGAGUAGCACAACUACCAUAUGGAUUACAAAUUAACAAUGUGUCCGCUAAAGAUGAAGGAAUUUACAUUUGUAGACUAGACAACGGCGAAAAUCCAGUCAAGAUUCAUACCAUAUCAUUAUAUGUCCUUCAGAUGCCAAAAAUUUUGAAAGGACCACGAACUUCUCUUACUAAUGAAAGUGAUUCAUUGGAACUAGAGUGUCAUGUUGCUAAUGCUAAGCUCAUUUACUGGAUGAUCAACGGGAUCAAUACACAAUUUGAUCCUCUUAUUAAACAUGAUGAAUUUAAAAUUUUCAUUUCAUCUGUUGAAAAGAAGCAUGCUGGAAUAGUUCAGUGCUUUGGAAGAAAUGAGCUAGGAGAAGUUAGUGAAGGAGCAUUGCUUCAAGUCAAGCCAAAACAGAUUGACAGUGAAGGAAAAUUAAUUCCUUUAGGAAUGCCACACAAAUCGAAAUCGCGAAACAGCAAUCGAAUUUUUAAUACAAAACGAAAGAACAGAGGACCUAAUCUGCCAAGUAUUUCAAAACCAAACAUCACGAGAUUGAGUGAUGAGUCUGUGAUGGUUAAGUGGUCCGUAUCUCAACAGAUAUCCUCAGCAUCACUUCCAAUUCAAUUUUUUAAAGUUCAAUACAUUGCCAUACCAUAUGAUAAUCAGAAAGGGAAGAAUGAGGAUUGGAUUACUCUCUCGGAAGAUAUUUCUCCUCAUUUGAGAUCAUAUGAGAUCCAUAAUUUGAAACCAGACAAAUAUAAAUUUCGAAUUUCAGCAGUAUACUCUAAUAAUGAUAAUCGACAAAGUCCAAUUAGGCGCUUUCAUUUAAGGCGCAUUAAGCAAAACAAUAAAUCAAGUCUUCCAAUUCCUACAGAAAUACACAUAGAGCCUCUUUCUGAAACAGAAGUUAAAAUUAAAUGGUCAGUUCCUGAAAGCAGCUAUCAAAAUUUUGGCGGAUUUUACAUUAGUUAUAGACCAACAACAUCAGCUGAUGAUUACCUAGUAGUGUCAUGUGAAGGUGCUCAAAAAAGACAAUACACAAUCCGAUUUUUGGAACCUGGCAUGAUUUAUGAAUUCAAAAUUCAGAGCUUCUCAUCAAUGGCAGCUUCAGAAUUCAGUUCGAUUAUUACUGGACGGACACUAAAGCCUACAUUACCUCCACGUGUAACCACAAGUCCGACAGUUAAAUCAGUUUUGAAAGACAAUAAGAAUCAGUUUUCAUUGCUGCCAUUUGUCGUUGGAGCGAUUGGCGGAUGUGCACUUUUGUUCCUCUUAUUUAUACUUGGCUUCAUAGCUUUGAAAAAGCGUCGUGACAUUGUAAAUCAGAGUGAUGAACAAGAAAGCAAAGGCAAUCCAAAUCACAUCCAAGCAGAUCCAAUGGCUAAUAACAGGAGACAUCUAAAUGGAAUAAUUCGUAUUAAUAUCACUCCGAAUCCAUUAUCAGAAGAGAAAAAUGACAUGAACGGUUUAGGUAUUCCGAUUUCACCUCAUCAGCCAUCUCCGAUACAACAACUGCCACCAUUAAGUGCCAAACGAAAGACUUUGGAGAGAAAUAUAAGAAAUACACAAUUAUCAGGUGGCACGGAAUCAACAAAAACGAUGAUUGAAGGUGAUCUUGGCAUUCCAAUUCGGCCGUCUUCAAUAAAGCGCCAGACACAUAACAGUUCUAGCAAUAAUAACAAUAGUCCACGAAUUAAAAGAAAUCAUGUACAGAGAUCACCCUUACCACCAAGGACUAAACGGAUGGGUGAUAUAGGACAUUCAACAGCUAGUCUUAAUAGUGUAAAUAGUAUAGAGGUGUAGGAUUCAUAGUUCCUUAGAAUAGUGACAUAAGUUAAAAGUACAUAACAUAUUUACUCUCAAUGUUGAGGGAAAUGUAAUUGAGAACAGAAAUGACAAAUUAAUUUUCUCUGCAAUCUUAGAAAAGCUUUUUUGGAUAAAUUGUGAUGCCAAAUUUCUUAUGAAGU